AUGAAGCUAUCAAACCGCCCAUACUCUGUGCAUGUCCGUCAGAUUGAUUUUGGAUUCAGAUAUACCAGUGCUUAUUCUCUCGCCGAUGCUGUGAACGCCUUAUACAUCGAGGAUCUAUUCGGAUGCCUGUUCUCCUGUUUGAUCAGAUUUCCUCACCUCGCCGCAAUUGAGUUUCACGAACCGCCCUCUAGUCUUUCACAGGACCAAAGGAGAAGCUAUGUCGAAGUGAUUAUCUCGACGUUACGCUACGUUCCACUUUCAAAUCUGAGAGAAUUGGAGGUGAACUCGGACGUUUCUUCCCCAACCAGACUAGUUCUGUGCGGAUACCUAUCGAGGAUGUUGCACGGCCUCUUCGGCACCUCGGAAUAUCAUAUGGAGCCUGUUUUACCAGAGUACGCUAGUCUCCCUAACAACACUUACGCCUCCCGGUUGUUUAGAAUAAUUGAAAUUGCGCCAAAUUUGCGAUCUCUUGCACUACACAGCCUGGACAUUCUGGAUAUCGACUUCCUGUCCUUUCCCUUUUCUUUCUGUCUAGGAGAUCUCUUUCUCGGGGGAGUCUCCGUGUCCAUUCAGAACCUCCUUUCUCUCAUUAACCAAUAUUCCGAGAGAAUGAGUUGUGUCAAUUUCUCGCGUGUCGAAAUAAAUUCCGGGAUAUGGCGUCGGGUGUUACUACGAAUGUGCCAGUUGCUAUGUCUUCUGGAUGUCAACAUCGAUUAUAGCGGGUACUCGUUGACUGGAAGCUACUUCCGCCACCAGAUGCCUCUCAACAUCGAGAGUGAGGGUUUCUUCGACGUGUAUGCCCUAGGAAAUUUACAAAGACAAGUCAAUUCGAACAGGAUCGGGUUUGGACUGCGGCCAUUUCCAGAAACCGAUUAUCGACAUCUCAAGCGCGAGUCUUUGGAGUCCGUGUUGGAUGAGCUCAAUGUCUAA